ACAGCGAGAGACAUCGUCAGUAAUAUUUGAUCACAUUUCUGAAUCACCACGUUCACAAACCAUACGAGUCCCAGAAGAACAGGGACACAAAACUAUACCAGAAAGUUCGGAGAUCUUCCAUGUGUCGGUGGUAGAAGGUUUACCGGUACAAUAUUAUCGUGAAAUAGUAAAGACUGCCAGAUAA